CCAGCCCAGCAGCCGGCUCCGUUGCUCAGGGAGGAGAGUAACGCCCCGCCCAGCCUGUGGCGAGGCAGGCCCAGGGAGCCGCCCUUCCCCUUCCCGCUGCACUCACUGGCUGCUCCUGCCGGGCUUGCCCAGGCUCUGCCUCCCCGCUCGGCUCUGGUCUCUCCUUCCCCGCUCCCCCCUGACUGCCUGCGUCUCCGGCCCGCUUCCCGCCGCUCCGCCCGUCCCCAGCGGCACCAUGUUUCGCUUCCUGCGGGGCUUGGUGCUCCCCGAGGCUGCCUGCGAAGAAGCCAACAACAGCUCCAGGUACGAGAACCUCUUCAAGAAGCUGGACCUCAAUGAAGACGGGAGAGUGGACAUCGCCGAGCUCCAUGAGGGCCUUAAAGCCCUGGGCAUCCCCCUGGGCAAAGAUGCAGAAGAGAAAAUUUUUAAAACUGGAGAUUCUAACAAGGAUGGGCAGCUGGACUUCAAAGAAUUUAUGCAGUACCUUAAAGACCAUGAGAAAAAAAUGAAACUAGCGUUUAAGAGUCUGGACAAAAACAAUGAUGGAAAAAUUGAAGCGUCAGAGAUUGUCCAGUCUCUCAAGAUAUUGGGUAUAAAUAUUUCAGAACAACAGGCAGAAAAGAUUCUAAAAAGCAUUGAUGCUGAUGGGACAAUGUCAGUGGACUGGAAUGAAUGGCGGGAUCACUUUUUAUUUAACCCAGCUACAGACAUUGAGGAAAUAAUCCGUUAUUGGAAACAUUCUACUGUGUUGGAUAUAGGAGAUAGCUUGACUAUCCCAGACGAAUUCACAGAGGAAGAGAAAAAGUCUGGGCAGUGGUGGAGGCAGCUCUUAUCAGGAGGAGUGGCUGGUGCCGUCUCUCGAACAGGUACAGCACCAUUAGAUCGCCUUAAAGUCAUGAUGCAGGUUCAUGGUUCAAAGUCAAAUAAAAUGAAUAUAUCAAGUGGCCUUAAGCAGAUGGUGAAAGAAGGAGGCAUCCGUUCCCUUUGGAGGGGAAAUGGUGUGAAUGUUAUUAAAAUCGCACCUGAAACAGCUAUUAAGUUCUGGGCAUAUGAACAGUAUAAGAAGAUAUUUGCUAAUGAAGAUGGAAAGAUAGGGACCGUUGAAAGAUUUGUAUCUGGUUCUUUGGCUGGGGCAACAGCACAAACCUCUAUUUAUCCCAUGGAGGUCUUAAAGACCAGACUGGCUGUGGGUAAAACAGGACAAUACUCUGGGAUGUUUGACUGUGCUAAGAAGAUUUUAAAAAGAGAAGGGUUGAAAGCCUUUUACAAAGGUUAUGUACCCAACAUUCUGGGCAUAAUUCCUUAUGCUGGUAUAGACCUGGCUAUCUAUGAGGCUUUGAAGACUGCUUGGCUAGAUGGUUAUGCAUCAGACUCUGCUAACCCCGGUGUCUUUGUGUUGCUUGGAUGUGGUACUGUCUCCAGCACCUGUGGUCAGUUAGCCAGCUACCCUCUUGCUCUCAUCAGAACUCGCAUGCAGGCUCAAGCUCUGUUGGAAGGAGCCCCACAGCUAAACAUGGUUGGACUCUUUCAAAGGAUAGUUGCUAACGAAGGAAUCCUAGGACUUUAUAGAGGCAUAGGCCCAAACUUCAUGAAAGUGCUUCCGGCUGUCAGCAUCAGCUAUGUGGUUUAUGAAAAAAUGAAGCAAAAUUUGGGAAUAGCAUGAAAAGAAGGAAAAAGCUGAUAAGCCUCUAGCCUUCUCAGGAAUAUUCAAACCAAAAGGAUUUCUCAAAUAACUGGUUUGUUCUUGUUUAUAAUUGGAGAACAGAUCACUGUGCAAAGAAGCUGUGGUUUUGUUUUUUCCCCCCAAGCUGGAAGGAACUGCCUUAGUUUCUAACCUCCAACCCCAAACUGCUAUUAAUAUACUAUGGAUUUUAAAAAUAAAAAACACAGCAUCUUUAAAUCAGCUACACGUUAAGACUAUCAGGAAACCACCUACGGUUUAGCUCUUCGCUUUAAUUUUUUUGUAAUUACUGCUCUCUUAAAUAUGCAUUUGACUGGGUGAGGCCACAUUUGGGAGAAGUGUAUACUGCAUUGGUAUUAAAACUCAUAGAUUUGUCACACCAUCUUAUACUCAAGCAAUUCACAACUGUCCUUUUGCACUUACCAUCUGUAAAGGCAUAUUGCUUUUUUGAUAAACUGUUAAAAUAAGUCCUGGGAAAACAUUGUCUUAGAAGCAGGUAAGAAUAGAACACCACAUUAAACUUUGUCUCCUGAUAGCUUUUCUUUCAGGAUGACAAAAUGUUUGGCUUUUAUUCCUCUGCUUUUCCUCUAAAGAAAUGAAAGUGCAAGGGGAUGUUGUUCUAUGGCAUCAGAAUACCUCAAGCUGAGUUAAAUUCUAUGUUUUUAUGGUACAGUCACAAUGACCUUCAUAGCUCAUUUCACUGGGCUGCUUUUCUCUUAAUUUAUAAAUGCUGGCAGCAUUAGCCAAGACUGCCUUGGUUCUUGAUGCAAGUUUUAUAGGAUCUUAAUAGUUAGCAACAGAAAAGAACUACUGGAUCACUAAACUCCCUGCAAACGCAGGUUACAGUUCCAGGAUAAAGGAAAUAUCUAAUAUGAAAUUGAUGCUGGCUGUAUCAAUUGGAGUGUACCAAAACAAGCAAGUUAGUAAAGAUCACAGGGCUGAGUAUUGGGAGGCUUUUGAAUGAUUUUUCUCAAUGGGGUUUGGAAUGCUGUCCUCUUCUUCCUAGAGUCUGAGGACUCAUUUGUUUCCCAUUCAGAAUGGUUGCAGUUCAACAGCAUCCUUCUAGUUGAUAAUACUGGAGGGGGGAGUUGCUGUUGAACAAUGUGAGGCACUUUCUCCCCCCACCUUCCGAACCUGAAGGUCUGAGAGCACUGGCUCAGGGAGUCAGACUGGGACCAGAAAAUGAGACGAUGUUGCUGAGUGACUAGGCAGGACACCACAAUCAGACCAUUAAAGUGGCCCUAGGUUUUUAUAUUAAUGAGGAAAUAUACAAACAAAGCACUCAAAGAGCCCAAGAACUCAUUUUUGAUAAGCUAUUAUUUCACAGUUUCUCCCAUAUAUGGGAUGGAUAUUUUAAUGUACAGACACUUUGUAAAUGGCUUCCCCACUAAGGUAUAUUUCAGCUGCUUGCUGGCCUGAACACUGGCACAAAAUAACUGGUUUUGUAGUGUUAAUUUGAACUAAUUCCAUGUGGACGGACAGAACAGAUAGAAUUUGGCCUUUUAUGUAAGACACACACACAGUGUAACCAUUUUUCAUUCUUGAUCUUAUAAAUCCUGAGAGUUAAUCUGGUGAUAUUAUAAAAUGGCAGCUUUUUCUGGCUUUACCUUUAUUUAACCUGCCGUCUAGUUUAUGCACUUCUUUUAAAAGCCAGAGUCUGUUGCUCUACAGAAGGUAUUGUGGUGCUUAUGUACAAUGUCUUUAUGAUCUGAUUGUCCAUGUUCUUUUGUCUUUGCCAAUCUCUUUGUACCUGCAUAUAAUUCAUGGGAUCCAGUUUUGUUUCUCAAUUAUCCCUUUGAUUGUAACAGAUAUAUUCUUUAUGCAAUGCAAAGAUGACCUAUGCAGCGCCUCUUGUGUAGCAGACUCAGUCCAUUUUGUUAAUAUUGUAUAAGUGUCAUUAUGAGUGUUCAGUUGUGGUGGGGACAUUUUCAACUGCCGAAGAACGUGAGACUAUUUGAGUUUUAACUUUUCACCAUGUGCCUCUAAUGGGCUGUGUUCAAAUUAUGUAUUCUUAGUCUGUGUACUGAAAAAAGUUGAUCACUUUUAUAGAUCUGUAAAACUAUCAGUUUAUAAUAAAUGUUUGUUUCCUAA